CGGCUACAGCGCCGCGAUUCUGCUUGGUUAUAGACACGUUUGGUUUGGUCUUCUUAUACCGGUCAGUUAGUCGGUUUAUCCCACGACUUCUAUUCCCACAGCGGCAAUUUCUGUCCGACAGAGCAACAAUCCAUCCCCCCGCUCCCCCCCACCUCAGUGCAUAAUGUCUCGGCAUCGCAUGAAGACGCUCAGCUACGACGAUGAGGAUCUCGAUGACGAAGACUACGAAUCGGCCGAUGCUGAAGAGCAGGAGCUGCUGGAGCAGUAUACCAGUGAAGUUCUCAAUCAGUUACGAGCAGGUCAACCAUCUGCGAGCGCGUCCAGAGAAGAGGUACAAGAGGCGUUAUGGCACUACUAUAACGACGUGGACAAGUCUGUCAAUUAUCUGAGAAACAAGAAGGCGAAGGAGUUGAAGAAACAACAACCUGCUCCUGCAACCAAAUCCAAAGGGUCAGCUGGUAAGUUCUUUCUGUUUGGUUCUUGUCGUAAUCAUGACUGGGCUCGGUUGUCUACGGUCCCGUUCAAUUUCCUUCUACACUGUCGGUGUAUCCAGAAUCGCAAGUGCGGAAAAUUCUAACAGGGCCUCCAGUUUCAGCAUAUCCUGCACCUCCUAUCUCCUCUGCGCCUUGCUCUGCACACCUAUCCGCCGCAGAUUUCUU